AUGUCGUUAUUCGAGCGAAGAAGCAGUAUGGAGACACUGCGGGAUCACUGGAAUUCUACGACGCCAAAUGAUCUGGGAGCCAGAGCUUCUUCACCUACUGGUUCUGAGCGCCGCAAGUUGAGCUUUAAUCCUGUAGGCAGCUGGACACCGAAUGUUGCGCAUGAGGAACCCGUUGCUGCUUUUGAAGUCAGCAAGAUCAAGAGAAUAGCCCAAGUUGCUGUUGCUUGUGUGUAUUGCUUGUUUGCUGCUGGUGUGGUUUUCGGAUAUGCUGCAAUCAAGCCUGUUCUGAUUGAGCAGGGUGUUUAUGCUGAUCGAUGCACGCCAAAAGAGAUUGAGGAAGGUGUAUGGGUAUGCUACGAGCAAGAAUUGAGACUGAACUUGAUGUUCACCGUCGCCGCUGUCAGUACUAAUGUCUGCGCUUUGCCUGUUGGAACUAUCCUGGAUCGAUAUGGUCCCAGAGUCGCUGGUAUCAUUGGCUGCUUCCUUCUUGCCAUCGGUUCUGCCCUUCUGGCCUUUGCAUGGGAUGCUCGCGAGAGCGUCGAUCUCUGGAUUCCUGGUUACUUUUUCCUCGCUCUUGGUGGUCCUUUCAUCUUCAUCUCGAGCUUCCAGCUCUCGAACACCUUCCCUAAGUACUCGGGCACUAUCCUUGCACUUUUGACAGGCGCCUUCGACACUAGCUCGGCUGUCUUCCUUGUUUACCGUCUCAUCUUCCAGGCCACCGAUGGCGCUUUCAACACUAAGCGCUUCUUCUUGAUCUACCUUGCUGUACCCGCCCUGAUUCUCGUUGCUCAAAUCUUCCUUAUGCCUUCAAACAGCUACAAGACCGUUGGAGAACUGGUUCAGCAGGCCGAAGAACCAUUAGUCGACUCUGACUCAGACCAAGACAUCACCAACGAGGAACGUGCUCUUCUUCGUCAGGAACGUCGUGAGUCUGUGGUCAGCGAGAUCACAGAAUUGCUAGGUACCAAGGGCGCGGAAGAACAACAGGCGCAACAGCAGAAAGUCGAGGCAACAAGCGGCGUCUGGGGCGUUCUUCACGGCAAGCCUGCAUUCAAGCAAAUCAUGACACCCUGGUUCAUCCUCAUCGCGCUAUUCACCAUCAUUCAGAUGACCAGAAUCAACUACUUUGUCGCCACUAUUCGUACCCAAUAUUCUUACCUUGUCGGCCCCGAAAAGGCUGAGAACAUCAAUUCUUUCUUCGAUAUCGCACUCCCACUCGGCGGUGUCGUUGCUGUGCCUUUCAUUGGCCUCGUUCUCGACCACACAAGCACGGUCUUCACUCUGACUCUGCUGGUCACCAUCGCAACUACAAUCGGUGUUCUUGGUGUCAUCCCCAACACUGCUUCCGCAUACGCCAACAUUAUCCUCUUUGUCAUCUACCGUCCUCUGUACUACACAGCUGUGUCAGAUUACUCAGCCAAGGUCUUCGGUUUCGCCACUUUCGGCAAGGUCUACGGUCUGAUCAUCUGUCUUGCUGGUCUGUUCAACUUCUCGGCUCAAGGACUGGAUGCUCUUACCCAUCAUGCUUUCCACAACAACCCUAUCCCUGUUAACAUUAUCUUGCUUUCUACGGCUUUUGCAGUUGGUGUGGUGUUGGUCGGUUAUGUGUGGUAUCAGUCUAGGUCCAUCGAGCGUGAGGGAUUGGAGGAAGAGGCUGAGGAGGCGAGGGAAGUGUUGAUGCCUGGUGCUGAUGUGAAUAACACGAUGAGAGAGCAUGGUCAUCAGACUUAUGGCACUGCUUGA